AUACACAGGAACAUCUCUCACCCACGAUGAGACGGUAAACCGUUUGGAAGAUAAUAAUACUAGUAGUGUCUAUUGAAACAGACUAACUCUACUUCUAUUACUGUACUAUUUGCUACAACAAUUUCCAGAGAACUCUUUUUCUUCGACGGAACUGUCGUGGGCUCAGUAUACGAAAGGUGAUCGCUAUUCGAAGUACCUCUCAUUCUCGGCGCUUAUGUCCAUAACGGCAACACAGAAAAUAGCCCUAUUAUCCCCAACAGCACAUCUCGAUGAUCUCAUCUUCGUUUCCCAAAUCGAGGAGUGCGCAGCGGAAAAAUAUCGAACAUUUUCUGGACACUGCAAUAACGUUAAGAACGCCCAUUAUGGAGCUGUCUACGAACCUCUACGGCGACUCCUCUUACCUGAUUAUGAGGAUAAAAUAUCGAAGCCCCGUAUUUCCUCGACUGAAGUCCAACUUCCAUCAGCUAGUGAAGUGGCAGCGUUAUUUACACCUGCACCUAGAAAUCAUAUGAGCUGUUCAUUAAUGUUGGCACAAUGGGCAUCGUUCCUAUACGACGACUUGGCCCACGUAGCAUCCAACGGUUUUUUCUCUGGUUCAAAGAAUUCUCCACUACCAUGCUGCAAUAAAUCUGUGAAGCAUGUCGAAUGCUUUCCCAUUACUGGAGCGGAUGGAAAAUGUCGGCUUUAUUCGCGUUCCUUGCCCACACCAAGACGGAACUGUACGCUUGGCACUAGAGAACAAGGAAAUAUGGUAACCAGCGCUUACAUUGAUGCAAGCCAAAUAUACGGAACAAUCAAUCGUCUACUUCUCAACAAUCACAAUUUUGUUGCCGGAAAAUUGAAGCAAGUGAAUCCAACGUGGACCGACGAACAGCUUUUCCAAGAGUCGAGACGGAUCGUGGUCGCACAGAUCCAGCAUAUAAGCUAUAGCGAGUUCGUUCCAGUUAUUGUUGGAAAGGAGAACCUGAAGAAGUACGCAUUAGAUCUCCAGUUGGACGGGUACGAUAGCCGCUAUGAUAUCAAUAUUGAUGCUUCAACACUGAACGUUUACGCAGCAGCUGUAGGACAAUUCUUCUUCUCACUACUUCCUAAUAAAAUAACGACUGUCAACAAUCCUUCCUUUAUCUAUCAACGGAAUCGUCUUGACGCUGUACUCCGUUUUCUCAUAAAAUCGCCUAUCAUGAAUCCAGGGUUGCAUUUCCCUUCGGACUUGAGGAACACUUUCAAGAAAGCUGGAUCGUUCGAGCAUGGCGUAGAUAUAGCUGCCCAUAUAGUACAGAUGGGAAGAGAUCAUGGGAUCCCAGGUUAUCUCCAGUGGAGAAGGCACUGCAAUUUGGAAGACGUCCAUUCAUUCACAUCUCUAACAUCAAAGCUGCUUCCAUCAGUCAAUGCUUCUUUUAUCGAGGAGCUCUAUGGAUCUCCAGAAGACAUCGACCUAAUUGUUGGAGGACUGGCUGAAGCUCCGCAACGUGGUGCUCUGCUUGGUCCGACACUCUCCUGUCUCUUCGCGAAGCAAAUGCAGAGUGUAAAGCGUGGUGACCGUUUCUGGUACGAGAACUUUUUCUAUCCUGCGGCUUUUUCCAUUUCUCAGUUAGACGAAAUUCGUAAGACAACACUGGCAAGGAUAAUUUGCGAUAAUGCUGACGAUAUUCGCUUCAUACAACCCAAUGUCUUUGCCCUACAAGAUGAAUACGGGAACUGCCCAGUGAGUUGUUCCAGUUCAUUCUUCGAUUCCAUUGACUUCUCCCAUUGGAAAGAUGAAGAGCCUAAAAGAGCACUACCUAUUACCAAGGCAACAGUAGAGAAAGCAAUUCGACUUGGAAUAGAACAGUACAAAAGACUGCAAGAGGCAGAAGGACGGCAAAUACGAGCACAAGGUUUGAGAGCUGCUAGCCAAUCAGCUUUGUUUUCACAUGCUUCGCUAAUGGCUCCGAAAAAGGAAUCGCUAGAAAUUGCGAAAACUGCAGGAGUAUUAAGAGAGGCAACGAGAGUACUACUCAAUGGAGUGGGAUUAGACGAAGAAGAGCGACUUCCAAUUGGUCUGGACGUUGCUUCACUCCAGAAACUACUUCCAGAUGUGGAGGUGGAAAGAAUUGUUGGAAACUUUACACCAUUUCUCGGGGAUGAGCCGCUCCCGAAAGAGCAAUGCCUGCCGCAGCCAUUACCAUGCGAUCACACAACAAAGUACAGGUCGUAUUCGGGAUGGUGCAACAAUCUCCAUUUCCCCAAGUAUGGAAACGCAUUUGGAGCAUUAAGACGGCUACUCGAACCUGCUUAUGACGACGGUUUCGAUACUCCACGCACGAAGGCAAAGAGUGGCGACGAGUUGCCGUCGGCACGGGCGGUAAGCAAUGCAGUCCACGUCGAUGUGCCACGGUUCCACGUCAAAUUCACUCACAUGCUUAUGCAGUUCGGACAGAUACUCGAUCAUGACAUGAUGCACUCUCCUAUCGCCAGAGGACCGAACAACACAAUUCUAAAUUGUUCGUCGUGUGAUUCGCGAGAAACACUUUCCGUUCACUGUUUUCCGAUAAAAAUCGGAAGUGAUGACCCAUUUUUCCCGGCAAAGUAUCACAAUGGCCAACCAAGAUGUAUGCCAUUUGCAAGAAGCCUACUUGGACAACUGACAUUGGGAUACAGAAAUCAGCUUAAUCAGCUGACAUCAUUUCUUGACGCAUCUUCAGUCUACGGCUCCACCGAAUGCGAAGCAAAUCGAUUACGAUUGUUUCGCCAAGGGAAGUUGAAUUACACUGACCUCAGUUACACUAAGGAGAAUUUGCCUCAAGGUAAUCAAGAGAGAGAUUGCCGUUCGGUACUUUCAUCGAGCCAGCGAAGAUGUUUCGUUGCUGGAGAUGAGCGGAACAAUGAACAACCUGGUCUAACAGUGAUUCAUACGAUACUGUUAAGGGAGCACAAUCGAAUCGCAGUCCAACUCCAACGUAUUAAUGACUUCUGGACGGACGAACAGCUGUACCAGGAGGCACGUCGCAUCAACAUUGCAAAACUCCAGCAUAUUGUUUUCAAAGAGUGGCUACCAGUUGUGCUGGGUUGUGAAGCGAUGACAAAAUAUGAUUUGAUGCCGAAGAAAAGUGGUUACUAUCACGGAUAUGAUGAACACUGUGAUCCGGCAAUUUCCCACGAAAUGUCUACGGCAGCGUUCAGAUUCGGACAUACUCUUAUUCGCGCGAAAUUCCCUCGAAUGAACGACGCGUUCCAGAACAUGAGCGACCCAGUCGACUUGAAGGAUCAUUUCUCAAAUCCAUCUCCUCUUUAUGAGCAGAAAGCUGGUCAUUUGGAAUCGAUUCUCAUGGGUCUGUUAGGAGCUGAAAGUAUGGCAUUCGAUCGUCAUAUCACUGAUGCAGUGCGCAAUCACUUAUUCGCGAAACCUGGAGCGCCUCUGACUGGAAUCGACCUUCCAGCAGUGAACAUCCAACGGGGAAGGGACCACGGAGUCCAACCUUACAACAAAUACAGGGAAAUGUGCGGAUUACGACGUGCUCGAUCGUUCGACGAUCUACGAUCCAUGAUGGAUAACUCGGCCGUGGAGGCCAUCAAGAAGGUGUAUGCACACGUUGACGAUAUCGAUCUGUUUCCAGGACUGAUGAGCGAACAACCAGUCAAAGGUGCAUUGGUGGGACCAACACUUGCUUGUAUUAUUGGCGAACAAAUGCAACGACUAAAGAAAUGUGAUCGCUUUUACUAUGAAACAGCCGAUCCAUCAGUGAAAUUCACUCCAGGUCAGCUGAUGGAAAUUCGAAAAACGACAUUUGCGAAGAUGAUCUGUUCAAACAGUCAGUACGCCCGGAGAAUUCAACCGAACGUUUUCUUAAUGGCCGAUGACUUGACAAAUGCUCCCACUUCUUGCUCGGAGCUUCCCGAUACGGAUUUAUUUGAAUGGCUCGAAAGAGAUUACUGUUUGGUGGAUCAUAGGGUAAUAAACCGAGGAAAAACCAAGCGCAUUACGCCGUGUGUGACGUGUACUUGCACCAAGGACGGCGUACGUUUCAUGAUACAUUUUACAAUUUAA